AUGUCAAAUAGAGAAAGAAUAUUGUAUUGGCCUGAGACCUACUCUAAUAUCAAAGAGUUGGGUCGAGGUGUAAGUGGUGUCGUUUACAAAGCUAUAAAGAAAGAUUCCCCAGAUCAAGUGGUUGCUAUCAAAUUGGUUGAUAUAAAUCAAAAUAGAGCAUCGUGGGAUCAAGUUCAAGGUGAAAUCAAUGCAUUACUUACUUUAAACUCACCAGAUAGACAUGUUAAUAUCAUUAAGCUAAUUGAAUGUUUUAGACAUAAAACAACAGCAAUUUUCGUGUUGGAGUAUAUUGAUGGAGGUACUCUUGAAGACUUUAUGUAUACUUUUGAUGAAGGUCUACCGAUUCCAUUGGUAUCACAUAUCGUCUAUCAGAUUAUCAGUGCCAUUCAAUUUAUGAACAAUCAUAAGUGCUCACACAGAGAUAUUAAACCAGCAAACAUCCUGCUGCUCAGCAACAAGAAAAAGUCUGCAUCGAACGAUGCUGAGCAAAAGAAGAAAGAUUUCUUCAACAUCUUUAAGGAUGGUACUUCCAAUAACUACACCUACGAUGCCGACGAUCUACCAGUCAUCAAGAUCACCGACUAUGGUUAUGCCUCCAUUACAAAGAAUGACAAUGAUAUGCACUCUACACUUGCAGGUUCACCUUUAUAUAUGCCACCAGAAAUCAUUCAUAUUAUAUUAUCACCAAACUUAGAACCAAGAAAAGGAAAGAUCAUUUGCGAUACCAACAAUGAGGGAUACAACCCAUUGUUAGUCGAUAUUUGGGCAAUCGGUGCAGUUGCAUUCCGUCUUCUUACAGGAAGAGAGUUGAUCAAUGAAAUAUUCCCAUUACUCAAUCAAUCCACUGUUUUAGCUGCACUGGUAAACCUUGCAAAGAUGGUCGAUAGUUCUGAGUUUCAAAGCGGUCUUGAUACAAUUCCUAAAAAAAUGAAAGAAUUUGGAGUAAAAGAUGAAGUUUGUAUAGAUUUUAUAACUAGUCUGUUAAAGUUGGAACCAAAGCAGAGAUUGUCUUUGGGUGAUGCCUUGAAUCAUCCGUUCCUCCAAACUGGAAAGGCAAGUUUCGACCUCAUCAUGAAGGAAUACCUUCAACAACAGACAGAGUCAACAUCAAAGAUUCCAACCGAUAUUAGUAAACUCACAGAAGAGAAUCCUAGUAAUACAUCGUCGUCGUCGACCAAAGACAAUGCCACAUCAAGCCAACCGAGCCAACAAACAACAUCCAGCCAACAGGACAACAAGAAAGAUCCACAACAACAACAACCAUCAUCACAACCAUCGACACAGCCACAACAACCAUCACCACAACAACAACAACAACCAACACAUUUAGAGGUACCAAAAACAACUACAUCCAGUGCUGGCAGUGGCUCAUCAAAGACACCACCUUGGAAUUUCCAACGUCCAUCUUCAUUCCAUGCGCCAACCAUGAUGUUAUCACCACAGAGAAGAACCAAUUUUAAGUUGUUCCCAUCACUGCUACCAAAGCCAACGGAAGACUCUCCUCCACAGGACACUAUGAUUUGGCGUUCUCCACCGAUGUCUUGCAAUGACAGCUUCACAUGGACAACCAUUUCCCAGGAUCCUAUCUUCCAAGUGCAACACGGUGUCCUCACAUCAAUCCUCAAGACUUUCUCGUCCAACUCUGACUAUGAGUACAGAAUCAUUACACAAACCAAGUCACCAGUGGAAAUUGCCGUUUCCAAUUACAAAGAAAGUAUACUAUAUAUGUACAACAUCUGCAAGACCGUAGUUACCCCACAGCUUAUUUCACUUUCCACUUCUUCCAAUGAAUCAUCGAUUCAGACUGCCUUGUGCUCAAUCCUUCACCAACUAGACCAAGAACAAGAAACACUUUCAUUUGCAUCGGGAUGGACUGUUUUGUUUUUAUAUACAUAA